UUCACGGAUCUCCUCUGAACCUUUGUAUUCAGGUGCCUAACGAAAUCAAAGGCUCUCUUCAGGGGUAGAAAUAAACCGAUGUCCUGCCCUUUCAAAGGGGGAAAAUGUUCCAGCUUAUCCGGCCUAAUCCAGGUACUUUUGUCGCGUUUUGUGCGCUCAGGCUUCCAGCGAAACUGACUUCGUCCGUUCCAGCUCCUUAAUCUUCGGUACCCUCAAAAACCAAACGCAAAUGACAACGAAGUGUGGUGAAGUUCAGCAGCCGCAGGAAGCAACAGCAAGCAGUUGCAUGCUUGACAGGCUCAACAGCAGCUCGGGAUUACUUUAGGGGCAUUUUCUGGGGUUUGUACCGGCAAAAAACUACGGGCGUCCCCUUUGAGUGCCGUACGAUGAGAAUCUCCUCCAGUUAUCAAAAAAAAACUCACAGCCCCCGGGUGUUUUUUUUCGCGGGUUUGUUCAUACCCGCCGCCUUCGGAGAGGACUCUGGAAAAACGCAGGGAUACUUCGUCGCAGAGGAACGGAGCGCCCCCUGGGUAGACGGCGUCGCCUUGUGUCGGGAGUGAAAGUGAAAAAGAGAAAUUAAAAUUGACACGCAUGUCAUUUUUUCGCACUUUAAGCUCGUGAGCUCGUACGCUCCUCGUUUUCAUUCAAUCUUUUCUCCACGUCGCCCUCGAGCUUCUCCUAAGAGACAUUGCGAAAUGCAUGCAAAGGAAGCCCUCGCGCCCUGAAUGUCUCCAAACUCUCCUCUUCGUUGUCUCCGAUCGAAACUCGUUGCAUUUUAGUCUUGGUUUCCUCCGAUUUCGGCUUCGUGCUGAGAAGAGCUCUUCGCCGGGUGUCGCCGAGCAAAGCAGGGCUGUUUGUCUCUACGCGUUUUUCUCUCUGUCGCAUGGGGAAAUUCGUCUGCGAACGAAGCCCAAACGACCGUUCAGUCGCACUCCCUUCUUUCGGCGUUCCUUGUCUUUCUCCCGAUCUGCGUUCUUUGCUUCCCUCUAAGCUGAAGACAGAACUCUCAGUCGUUCCUUGGGGUCCUCGACGCCCGUUCCUCGGUAACUCCGCCGAGAAUGCGUAGCGCAGGCCGCUAUGUGCCCUUCUACCGUUCAGAGUCUUGUCGCAGCUCUUCCUGGAUCUCCUCUAGAAGCCUAACUUCUCUCCGUUUGUUCCCCAGGGGAUCUUGCCUUUCUACCGAGAAAAAGGGAGGUCCGUCGCUCGUCUGUCGUGAGCUCGUCAAUCUCUAGCAGCGCCGUCGACGGUCACGUACCAGUGGCUGCAGAUCGGAAUUUCCUGUUCUGCAAAACAACCUACUUUGUUUACAUUCCUUUCUUCACAAAAAGGUGCAGAACGCGAUUUGUCUAGACUGGGAACAGUCCCCCGUUUCUCUUCGAGGCCUUGGUUACCUAACCCCUUUCUCUGUCUCCGGAAUGCGCGACGAAACCUGUCCAGUCGAAAACUUUCUUCGCUGCCCAUCGACUCGUCUUUUCGCGUUGUCGAUGUUCUUGGCGUUCUCACCUCCCGGAUGCUCUGUCUGACCGGAUCUCUCCACUGUCGCUCUCUCUCUCUCCACUUUCUUUGCUCGCUCGUUUCUCGAUAAUCCUUUUUCGUUUCAGGCACUCGUCUUUCUCCCCACUGCCUUUGCUCGUUCCUUCGUCAGGCGCGUUUCGCAUGCUCUACAGAUCUCUGGUUUCUCUCAACCGCCUACCAUCAGGUUUGCCUCCUAGACACCGUGCGAAUUGGUUUUUCGUUCUCCCUCUGUCCAGACCCAGCUUCUCGCGCGUUCCGUUGAGAAAGGCGACCAGCCUGUGGCGAGGCCUCGCGAGGAAAGGAAGCAACAGUAAAUCUUGAAAAAUUCGUCGCCACUAUGAGUUCCUGGGCAGGAGCCCCCAAGCGACGCAGGCGCCUGGUCGGAGGCACCGAAGAGGACGCUCCCGGAGGAGAAGAGGAGGACCAAGAGGGGCAGGAGAAAUUGCCUCUUGAGUCGGAGGCUCUUCUGCGUCAACUGAUUCACCAGCAGCGAUCUUCUCUCCACCAGUACAGACGCGAAGUUGCAUGCCUGCAGAGGCAAUUCGAAGAGCAACGUCGCGAGGUCGCUGUGGCAACUCAGCGGCGGGAGGCCGUUUUGACUGCAUGGGGCGAGCUGCAGAGUGAUGUCCUUCUCCUCAAGGCGCGCCUUGCUUCCCAGGUCGACGCCAGUCUCGUGAAGACACUCGUCGAGGCCCCAGAGUCUGCCUUGCUGGCUCCGAGCAUCUUCGUAACGAAGACCUCGGUGAAGAGCGAAGCUCGUGAAGAAGCGGGGGAAGAGGCGGCUGCAUGCGAUGCGCCCGACGGGGCCGUAUCCCCGGCUCUGUCCUUCGAGGCGCCUUUGUCAAGUGACAGCGAGGAUUCCGAGGACGAAUCUUCUUCGAACUCGAAAGGUUCAUCAUUGCCCGAAGAAGAGAAGAAACGCCUCGACGAGGAACUCCGCAGGCAGCGCGAGUGGACUAUGGGGCUUCUCCGGGAUUUCGUCGCGGCGGUGGAAUCCAGAGCGAGGCCGGAAUCAGAACAAGCAGAAAAGCCAGAAAAGACGGAAAUGGAGUCCUCUAAUGGAGUCGCGUCUGCUAUGUCUGAGAAAGGGUUUUUUGACCGCAUGCGCGGCGCGCUACACAAGCUCCGGGAGGCGGCGCGGCGACACCGGCGCCGGGCGCGGGUCCUCGAGCGAGACUUACGCGUUCAAAAGAAGGAGACACUUGCGCUGAAGGUGGAGACAGAUCGACUGCAGAAGCAACAGGCUCUGCUCAAGUACCGGUUUCGUGUUUUGUCGGGGGCAUCGCCAGAGAGCGCGGCGUCGCUGCUGAGGGCCGCAGGUCUGCGAGAUGAGGCCGUCGAAGAGACUCCCGGCACCCGCGCGGAGACAACUGUCUCCGCGGAGACCGCUUCGGGCGCCGACGGGGGGCCUUCGGGCGCGCAGCCUGGAGCCGCGGGUCCGCAGGUUGGGGCUCCAAACGGACCUGAAGCCGCGCGGGCCGACGCCGGCUCGCAGCUGUCUCCGGGUGAACAUGCGCCUGAGAAAGGAGACACCGGAGGAGACAGUGCUGCCGGGCGCGUCGGGUCUGGAGAGGGGUCCUUCGACUUCUUGCCGCCGACCACGGCGCCAGAGGAGAUUCUUGAGCACCUGGAGUCUUUGCAGAGGAAACUCCGCGAGCGAGAAAAGGAAAUCGCGCGACUCCAGGAAGAGAGAGCGAAGGCGGAGAAACUCACUGCGGAGGUGAAGAUUCUCAGAACUCUCAACCAUGAACUCAUCCUCCAGAGUUCACCCUACGUCGAACUUCAGCAGCAAGCGGCUAAACUCGAGGAAGCCGUGGUUGUUCGGACAGCCGAAGUCGAUGAACUGCGGCGGGAGCUGCUUCAUGAACAGAAGCAGAAAGACGAGGAGUUCGAGAAGCUUCUGACCGAGACGAAAGAGCAAACAGAGAAACUGCUGGAGAAGAUGAAGACGCUGACAGACGAGUUGCAGAGUGCAUGCGUCGACCGUGAGAAGGCGCUCUUCGAGGGGGAGCGACUGCGGCAAGAACUGCUCCACAGGAAGCUGUCUCAAGAAGAGCAGGAGACUGUUUUUGCGCAGCGCUGCGUCCAGCUCAGCAAACUGAAGAUGCAACACGAACAACUGAAGAACGCAGGCACUCAAAUGCUCUUGAGAAACGAACGCAUGCGGAAGGAAAGGCAAACGCUCAUAGAGGCGAUUCGACAGAAGGAUGAACUGAUUUGUCGCCUGAAGCUCCGACUGCAGGCGGAAGAGCGGCAGAAGCAGGAGGGUGUCUCCACAGCGAACGCGGCGUCUGCUCAUGAGAUCAGCAGUUCCUCAACGCCGUCGCCGACGGCAGAAAAAGUGGAGCCUGCAAACGACCCCACACAAAACUGUGUCUCCGGUGUCGCAGGCACCUCUGCAGCGUCGCCUUCUUCUUCUCCGCGCGAUGUCCCCAGAGAUUCGCUACACGGAGGUUCCCUUCUUUCUCUGGAUGCACUGGAAUUGCCUGGACUCGAGGGCGAUGCAGAGACCGUCGAGGUGCAGAUGGCCAAAAUGAAACUCGAGAAAGACGCUCUGCAGAGGCGACUCGCGGACUACGACCAACUUGUUGUAGAGAUUGCUGGCCUCCGUGAGCAAUACGCGCGCGUAUCGGAAGAAGUCGAGGAAGUCAGCAAAGCCUUCGAGGAGCGGCAGACCUUCUGCGAGCACCUGCUGAAGCAAGUCAAAGAGAAAGACGAAGCCCUUGCAGAUCUUCGAAACCGCAAUGCAAGUUUCCUGCAGCAGCAGCAGAUGCUCUCACGUUUGUCGCGUCUCCACGACCAGAAGUUGCUUCUUCUACGCCAGCAGUACGAGCAAACAACGACGAACUCUCGAGUUUAUGCAGACGCCCUACAACAGGCGAAUGUUCGUGUGACACUUGCUGACCAACAACGCGAAGAGGCGACGUCCGUAUACCAACAAAUGCGCACAGCGCGAGACACGCUUUACAAGGAGAAAGAAGAAGCCCUCGCAAAACUCAACACAGUCGUCGAAGCUAAUAAGGUGCUCGACGCUGCCGCGCAGGAAAGUUUGGCUCGAAGAAACGCAGCGGAAAAUGAGGCGCGAGCGUUGGUAGACGCGAAGGUGGAGCUGGAGAAGAGGAUCGACAGAUUAAAAGCCAAGGAAGAGAAACAGGACAGGAAACGCGCUCAUACUGCCGCGCUGGAGGAGCUGUCCAUCAGAGACCUUCAACUUCUGAAAGAUGAGAACGAAACGAUGCGACGCCGUCUCGUGUGCUUCGUCUGCAACGAACGUUUCAAGGACCACAUGAUCAACAAAUGCGGUCACAUGUUCUGCCAAGUGUGUCUGGAGAGAAACGUAAAGACGCGAAACCGAAAGUGUCCUCACUGCAAGGCCCAGUUCGACCAGAAGGACAUCCGCAAGGUCUAUCUUGACAACUAAACGAUUGUCGCGAGAUGUUCACUCGUUGUCGUGAAGGACCUCUUGUCAUUCGAUUUUGGGGGAACUGCUCCUGUUUAGUGUGCAGUCAUGGAAACUACCACAGUGAAUAUCAUGAUAGUUGUACAGCUUGUAUGCAAACGUUCGUUUUCACAUGUACGCUAGACAGCACAUCGGGGUUUUAAGUCAUGGGGUCAUCCUGCAAGUCGAAGUAAUGCCGGUAAUUUAGGGUGACCCGCCGUUUGCUGCGGACAAGUUGUCCGUUCCAGGCUCCGAAUCAUUUUACCCGAAUAAUGAACAGGUACUCCGAGGAGGCAUGGGUUUCAGUGGUUUCAGAGUUACUCGGAAUGCUUAGUGAGCUCCGCCAGAACCACCUUUUCGGGGUUUUAAUCGUGUGACCGCAGGAUCCUCCUGUCACUGUCUUGCGCAAGCCAGUUCAAACCACAGCGAGUGCAAUCGCAGACUUCGUUGCCUUGGGAAGGAAAGCUUGUCUUUGGAAUCGAAUUCAAAUGUCUUUGGAGGACAGACAAUUUUCCCCUUUCAAUCACUUC